AUGCAUUCGUAUUGUCAUAUAGUAUUCCUAGUAACUUUAUUCGUCGUAGUCAAUCUUGCGUACGGAGCAUCGAUACCUAUUCAAGUGAAUAGUUCAUCGUCCGAAAAUAAGUGCUCAAAGAAUCAUACGAAUUGUGCACGGGAUGGUCUGAUAAUUCCUCUUUGGCAUCCUCAAGUUGGAAUAUCUACUGGUGAUAAAGUCUCUCGUGCUAUUAUAUAUCUGCUAGCACUUAUUUAUUUAUUUAUUGGCGUAGCUAUUAUAUCAGAUCGUUUCAUGGCAUCCAUUGAAGUUAUAACAUCGCAGAAACGUGAAAUUCGAAAGAAGAAUGCCGAUGGAACAGUGUCCGUAACAACAGUAUCCAUUUGGAACGAAACAGUAUCAAAUCUAACGCUAAUGGCCUUGGGUUCAUCUGCGCCAGAAAUCCUUCUCUCCAUUAUUGAAGUCGUUGGUAGAAACUUUCAAAGUGGAGAUCUUGGUCCCGGUACGAUUGUUGGAUCUGCAGCAUUCAACUUAUUUGUUAUUAUUGCUAUAUGUAUUGUCUGUAUACCUACCGGUGAAGUUCGUCGUAUACGUCAUCAACGCGUUUUUUUCGUCACGACUGCUUGGUCAAUCUUUGCCUAUAUAUGGCUAUGGGCAAUUGUCGCGAAGAUUUCUCCGGGUUACAUCGAAGUGUGGGAAGGCACACUGACAUUCUUAUUUUUUCCAUUGACUGUUUUCUCAGCGUACAUCGUAGAUACGAAAGUCGGUCAAUUCAUUCGCAUACGUAUUACAUCACAAAAACAAGUUUUACAAUUGGAGAAUCACUCGACAACACCGUUACCUCUUACCUUAGAUGCUUCAACUAAUAUGGAUGAUAGUGAACAAAGGACGAUGAUUGAUAAUGGAAUCAAAUCAUCGGCGCCUGCAAUUUUCAACGAUGUUCAUGGUAGAAAAUCAUCUUCCACACAAAAGUCUAUCUCAGGUGGAGUGUUCGAUCAACUAGGCAGUACAACGACUGGCAUUGAUGAUAAUUCUAUUGCUGAUCAUAUUGAAGCACAGCGAAGACAAGAAUUCAUCGAUAUUUGGCGACAAUUGCGUAAACAGUAUCCUAAUCAUGAUAUGCAUACAUUGAAUGAUAUGGCUGCUCUUGAAAUGAUGAAUCGUGUACCAAAAUCUCGAGCAUACUAUCGUAUACAAGCCACUAAACGUUUAGGUGGCGGUGGUGGAAAUUUGAAAAAGAAAUUCUUAGAAAAACUAAAUGAACCAGAUGAGUUAGCUCUUACCGAGAAAGAACAAUUGAUACACGAUCCAACGUCACAUAUCAGUAAAAUACGAUUCGAACCCAAUCACUACACAGUGUUAGAAAGUGCGGGCUAUGUGACAUUAUACGUUCUACGUAGUGACGGAAAUUUACGAAAUACAGUCUAUGUCGACUACUCAACAGAAGAUGGAACAGCAACACACGGAGCAGAUUAUGAACCUGCGGAAGGAACUAUCAUCUUUUAUCCGCUAGAGACACAUAAAGAAAUUCAAAUCAGAAUUAUUGACGAUGACAUCUUUGAAGAAGAUGAGCAUUUCUCUGUUAAACUAAGUAAUCUGAGAAUCAAAGACAAUCAAGGUCGUUUAACUCCUGGUUCAUUUGAUAAAAGUGUUCAAUUAGUCGAACCAUCAUCAGCAGUGGUGAUGAUCAUCGACGACGAUCAUGCUGGCAUGUUUGUUUUUGAAGAGGACGAAAAAACUGUAAUUGAAUCUGAUCGUCAAGUUGAAAUCAAAGUUCUGCGGACAUCUGGUGCCCGUGGUCGUGUCCGUAUACCAUUCAAAACUGAAGAUGAAACAGCUGUCCAUGAACGAGACUAUAUUGCCAAUGCUGGUGAAGUGAUAUUCGAAAAUAAUGAAAACGAAAAAACAAUAACAAUUGAAAUUAUCGAUCGUGAUCAAUAUCAACGUAAUGAAACAUUUCUUAUUUGGCUAGAGGAGCCAAUAUUGAUCACAGACGAAUCAGAAAAUGCGAAAUCAGAAAUCACCGAAGAAGAACGGUUGAUUGCCGAGUUAGGCAAACCGAAAUUAGGCGAUAAACAUUCUAUACGUGUCCGUAUCCGCGAAAGCAAAGAAUUCAAAAAUGCUGUUGAUAAAGCGUUAUAUAAAGCGAAUACAGCUAUUGUGGUUGGAACAUCGAGUUGGAUCGAGCAAUUCAAACAAGCGUUCAAUCCUAAAGAAGAAGAUGACGAUGACGAUGAGGAGGGAACAGGCGAUUCGAAAAGUGAUAAAGAAGAGCCUCCAACAUGCAAAGAUUAUAUAAUACAUUUCAUAACCUUUUUCUGGAAGUUUUUAUUUGCUUUUGUUCCGCCAACUAGUAUUGCCGGUGGUUGGGUUUGUUUUUGUGUAUCAAUUUUGAUUAUCGGAGGGUUAACUGCUAUUAUUGGUGAUUUAGCCGCACAUUUUGGAUGUACAGUUGGGCUGACAGAUACGAUGACAGCUAUUGCUUUUGUUGCAUUAGGAACGUCGUUGCCAGAUACGUUUGCGUCAAAAGUAGCUGCUGAACAUGAUAAAUAUGCUGAUAGUUCUGUUGGAAAUGUCAAUGGUUCGAAUGCGGUCAAUGUUUUCUUGGGUAUUGGUUUACCAUGGGCUAUGUCAGCAUGGUAUCAUUAUUUUAAACAGACGAAAUUCGAAGUGAAAGAGGGUUCAAUAGCAUUCAGUGUGACUUUGUUUUGUUCGUUUGCGGUUAUUGCUGUCAUUAUCCUAAUGCUAAGACGUUUGAAAGUUUUCGGCGGUGGGGAAUUAGGCGGCCCAUUGAAAUUUCGACUUAUUUCUAGUUCUUUAUUCAUAUUACUCUGGAUUGUUUAUCUGGUAUUGAGUGGCCUUGAAAACUAUUGUCAUAUUAAUGUUUAA